AUGGCAGCAGUGAAGGAGGAGAAAAUGGAGACUGAUGAAGCUGCCACUAGUGAGGUCGAAGAGAAACCUGCAGCUUCUGCAUUUGAAGGCAGUGUCCAUUUGGGUGAUGCUGGCCUGGAAGAUGAAGAUGAUGAAAUGGACGACGAAGAGGGAGAUGAAUCAGAAGGUGAUGAGGUGGAGAGCAUUGAAGACAUAAAACUGCAGAACGGUGUUUUCAAAUAUCGUGUCCGAUGGGUUGGUUGCAAGCCCAGCGAAGACACAUGGGAACCUGAAGAGAGUUUUACCGGUUCCGAAAGCAAAGCGUUGUUGAGAGAUUUUCGAGAAGCACAUAAGGAUAAAGUGGAACAGUUGCUCAAAGCUGACAAAGUUGAUGAAGAUCAUUCAGAAGCGCGAAAAGCCGCCCGGCGUACAAAACGUGGUCCUCGAUGGGAAUACGUCUCAGAGAUAGUCACCAGAGAGGAAAGUAGCGGUUUGAAGCCGCGAGAACUUCAGGCUGAUGAUGUUUUCUAUGGAAAACCAGCAGCGGAACUGGCGGAUGCACCCAGUGAACUGAAGAAACUUUUUGAUCCCACCCAUAAAAAUACAGCAACUGAACUAUUCCUCACAACUACGGACCCAUCGGUAAAAGUCACAAGAAGUCAGACAAAAGCGCUGAUAGGUUCAUCACGAGAAGCUUCCCGAUCGAAUACACCAACGCUCUCGUCGAAACUGUUGACACCUGAUGACACUUCUCGAGGUUCUGCUAGUCCUACACCUCAAGCAGCACCGAAAGGGCGUCAGAAGAAGGGCAGAACGGCACCCCAAAGGGCCACAAAACGGAAGGCUGCAGGGCAAAAGGUUUGCUAG